GAAUUUCCCAUGGCUACGGGAACAGUGAAAUGGUUCAACAGCACUAAGGGCUAUGGUUUCAUCCAGCCUGACACCGGCGGUGCAGACGUAUUCGUACACAUCUCCGCUGUUGAGCGCGCAGGACUGCGCGGCCUCAAUGACGGCCAGAAGGUCAACUACGAAAUCGUACAGGACCGUCGUUCGGGCAAGUCGUCCGCUGACAACCUCAGCGUUGCUGGUUAA